ACAAGCAAGCAACCAUAGCCUUUCUAUCAAAGACUAGCGACCGUUCUCUCUCAAAACAAGCUGCCGAUGUCGACAUAUGGGGUGAAGGUUGGGAUGUUUGGUGGGUCAAAUGGUGAUGUCUACGACAUCGCCGAAUUGACGAGCUCUGCGCCGUCAAGCCUGAGGAGCUUGGAGAUUUGGAGCACGUCGGGCCACGAAGGGAUCAUCAACGCCAUAUCCUUCACCUUCGUGGACAGCAAAAACCACAUGAACAAAGCAGGUCCAUGGGGCACCCCGCUUCCUGGCCAGAAGAGCAAGACUAUCCACUUGACAAAUGUGCGUAUCACCGAGCUCUCCGGGUACACUUACAACGGAUACAUCACCUCGCUCACCUUCCGCACCACCGACGCCCAGAAGCACCAUGGCCCGUUCGGAAAAGUGAGGCCGAAAGCUGGAGCCGACACCCAUUUCCGCAUCCCUCUCAUGAACGGCUCUAUCGUCGCCUUCUGCGCCCAGGCUGAUGACUACCUCAGCGCCAUUGGUGCUUAUCUCAAGAUUUGAUUGCUCCAUCAUAUGUAUGAUGAUCUACAUAUGACUGCGUUCGCUAGCUAACCAGACUAGCUAGAAGGUUACUAUGUCCGUGUGUGUGCAUGUAUGUCGUUGUUGUUCAAUAAGGCGGGCGGCAGCACGCUAGCUACCCAGCCUAGCUGGUUGCUCCCCGUGCGUGCAUGUGAUUGGUCGCGUGAUGUUUAAAAUGUUGGUGAUGUUUGUUGUUGUAUUGGUUAAGCUUGCAAUAGUAAGUUUAAUUCCGAAAGUAAGUAAUUUCCAGACAAUAUGAAAUGCUACUUGCAAGAGGCAGAUUUAA